GUAAUUUUAUUGGACCUUAUUGUGCUGCAGAAUGGCUUUGGAAGAUAUUUGUGCCUUAAAGUACACCCUUUCUUCAUUGGAUAAUGCCACUACAUUUCAAAUUAAUUAUUUUCCCAACCUGAGAAGAUCAUCAGAAACUCUACUGACCGGGGCUCCAUUGACCUUCAGUAUACCAAACUCUGUAUCUUCAUUAUUAACUUCUCACUCUUCUAAACCUUCAAUUACUGUUCCUAGACCUUUUGCUCUGUCUCAUGGGACAACAACCCUGGGAUUCAUCUUCAAAGGUGGGGUCAUCGCUGCAGCAGACACGCGGGCAAGUGCUGGGGGACUUGUAGCUUGUCCAGCUGUGCACAAGAUUACUCCUCUUCACUCCCACUUGGUUGUCACCUCCUCUGGCAGUGGAGCAGACUGUAUGCUGUGGGAACGAAUCCUGACAAGAGAAAUUAGGCUCUAUCAGCUUAGACACAAACGACGACUGUCAGUAAGAGGAACAGCCAAGCUCCUUUCAUUCAUGUUGCAUCCAUUUAAAGGGACUGAUGUGUGUGUAGCCCUUACUUUAUGUGGUUGGGAUAUAGAAAUGUGCAACAGUGAGUUUCCAAAUAGUGCACAUUCUCCUUCAAAUCAGAGUGUUACUGACAUAGCACAAUCUGCAUCUACUCACAAUGGUCCUAAACUGAUUUAUGUGUGCAGUGAUGGUGCUCGGUUUGAGGGAAAUGUCUUUUCGGUGGGCUCUGGGUCCCCUUAUGCCUAUGGAGUUCUAGACAGGGAUUUGAAGUGGAGUCUGAGUGUUGCAGAGGCUGUGUCUUUGGCCAGAGAAGCUGUGUUUCGAGCUACUCACAGGGACGCAUACUCUGGAAACAAUGUGGACCUCUUUCACGUCACAGCUCAAGGGUGGUAUCAAAGACAGAGAGAGGACUUGAAGGAGGAAUAUUACAGGAAAGAGACACAAAAGAAAGUGGAAAAAAGAUUGAGGUGUCAAUAA